UGGUAACUCUGACUCCAUCUCAUGUUUUCCUUGUGAUUCAGCCGCCGGUCCUUGGCUUGAUCCAAACAACUACCCAUACACUCCUCCAAGGCGCCGCUUGCGAAGGAGAGAUUCGCACCUGGCCUAGUUCAUCGUCACGCAGUUCUCGUUCGAUCUUGCCGUUCAACUUGCCAGCGUCCAAGAGUGACUGUUGCUGCUGAGGACCCGACGUUUUCUCUCCGUUCCCCAUCUGAUCCAUCAAUAACAAAACAUGGCUGUCAGCAACAGUGGUCCUCUAUCUCCAAAAUCGCAACAAGACCUCAAUCUUGUCAUGCCUUUACCGCCACCGCUACUUCAUACCAGAUCAGGCAACCAAACCUAUGAUCGCCCACAAACACCAACACAAUCCAAUGCCUUCACCAGUCCCGUCCAAACUCCUCAAGGCAGCCCCAGCAAGAAACAAUUUCCCCCCGGUGCCAAUGAUCUCCCCAAUGUCUUCGACAGUGCCAUGAAGCUGGCUCCCAUGUCACCCACCAAGUCUCAGCCAAAGUCUCCAUCCAAGUACGAGCACGGCAACAAAGACCCCUUUGGUGACCAGACUGCGCAGUUUUACCCCGGUCGCGCCGAAAGCCCUACACGACAGUCCAACAAGGAGAAUGCACCUGCCUCACCCCUCAAGUAUAAUCUUGAUGGCCAACAGAACCAUGCCGCCGUCUCGAGGCACGAACAAUACCACAAGUCAGAGUCCAAAAAGACCAUUACCCGGGGCUUGACUACCGAAGAAUUGCAGAAACUGGCUCUGCCCAAAGUCAAACGCCUGGCCAAUGUAACGCAGUUGUAUUUUCUCGAUCACUAUUUUGACCUUCUUUCCUACGUCCACAAUCGUCAGAACAGAGAAGCAGCCUUCAAGUCGUCUUACCCAGACCCUCCUGCAACCGCUCAAGACGAUUUUGACGCUGCUCGUCACAAAUACCUUGGCCGUGAACGUGCCAACUUGCGAAAGAGACGAACCCGCCUUCGACAUGGCGACUUCCAGAUCUUGACUCAAGUAGGCCAGGGCGGUUAUGGUCAAGUCUACCUGGCGCAAAAGAAAGACACUAGAGAAGUCUGCGCGCUGAAGGUCAUGCGAAAGAAGCUCCUCUUCAAACUGGAUGAGGUCCGACACAUCUUGACCGAGAGAGAUAUCUUGACCGCUGCCAAGUCCGACUGGCUCGUCAAACUUCUCUAUUCUUUCCAAGAUGACGAGCAAAUCUACUUGGCCAUGGAGUACGUCCCUGGUGGUGACUUCCGCACUUUGCUAAACAACACUGGUGUCCUCCACAACCGACACGCGCGAUUCUACAUUGCCGAAAUGUUUUCAUGCGUCGAUGCACUGCACACUUUGGGCUACAUCCAUCGCGAUCUCAAACCCGAAAACUUCUUGAUCGAUGCUACAGGCCAUGUCAAGUUGACCGAUUUCGGUCUCGCCGCAGGCAUGUUGAGCCCUAUCAAAAUUGAAAGCAUGCGCAUCAAAUUAGAGGAGGUAGGAAACACUCCAGUUCCUUUUGGAAUGCCUGCUGUGGAGGAACGAUCCGCCGACCAACGACGCGAAGGCUAUCGUUCCCUGCGAAAGAAGGAAAUCAACUAUGCAAAGUCGAUUGUAGGGUCGCCCGACUACAUGGCUCCUGAAGUCCUCAAAGGUGAACAGUACGACUUCACUGUCGACUACUGGUCCCUGGGCUGCAUGCUCUUUGAGGCCCUCGCUGGCUACCCUCCCUUCGCUGGCGCCACUGUCGACGAAACUUGGCAGAAUCUCAAACGAUGGCAACGCGUUCUUCGAAAGCCCAUCUACGACGAUCCGAACUAUUUCCUCAGCAAGCGUACCUGGGAUCUCAUCACGCGCCUGGUGGCUGGUAAGGAGCAGCGUUUCAAGGGCAUCUCCGAGAUACACAAGCAUGAGUACUUUGCCGAGGUGGAUUUCAACGCUUUGAGAGAACAGAAAGCCCCCUUUGUCCCCGAGCUCGACUCGGACACGGAUGCGGGAUACUUUGACGAUUUCAGCAAUGAAGCUGACAUGGCAAAAUACAAGGAGGUCCAUGAUAAGCAAAGAGCCUUGGAAGACAUGGCCGAGAGAGAUGAAAAGAUGCAAAAGUCGCUCUUUGUUGGCUUUACAUUCAGACACCGCAAGCCAGACAACGAAGGAGGUAGCCCGAGAAAGAAAAUUGAGACCGACGGAACUUUUGGCACCAUCUUCUAAGUGCGCCAGUCUAACCUCCACUUGGAGAAUUGCAUGACAUUGAUUUUAGAGGGUACGAGGACUGUAUGUUUUGUUUGGCUUGGUCGCUGAGGAUCUCUCAGAGCAUGAAGGUGUCGGGAUGGAGCACGAACAACACGUAAUGCUGGAUGCGCUGGAAAUUGGAACGAUUAACAAAUGCGGGACGGUCACCGCAAGGGGCAGCCCAAGGAGUUGCUACGGUCAGUCUUUGUUGCGUCUGCUAUUGGUGCCGCGGUUGAAUCGUUGGCGAUGAGAGACGAAUGGAGGAACUCGAUGAAAUCAGCCAAGUUGCCUCCAAUGUGGUCGAUACUACAACAUGAACUGCGGCUUUCGCCAGUGGCCAAUUGAUUCAGUCACUCAUUGGGGUGGUUUCGCUUGAUGUCGUUCAUCAUCAUUUAGGGAUGUGUGUAGUGUGAACAUGAUUAGUUUACCACGAACAAUCUCUCUAAUGGCACCGAGUUUCCUUCAUCUUCCCAUGUGCG